AUGUCGAGCGGUCCCACUCUCAUGAAUCUCCCUCCGCCGCCGAGCGAUCCUCAGACGCCCAGUGAAGUCCCAUCGCGCAGCGGCACUCCCAACUCCACCAUGACCUCCAUGAGCGAGCUCUCCACCGUCGCCAUCAAAGACGGCCAUCGCGGCCACCCGCCCCACCAGCAGCACCACCAAGGUCCUUCCGGUCUCUCCAACCAACUCGACGCCGAACGCGCAGAUCGCAUCUCUCGUCUCGCAGGUCUCGAGCGUGUGACCACAGCUCGCAACCCUCCGACCCCAAACAGCGCCGGCAACCUCACGCCCGGAGGUUACCAACCACAAGCGCACCCGACCGUCAGCUAUUUCGACGCGACAGGAAACCCUACGAUGGGCCGCGAACGUAGUACCGUCGGCAGCGCCUCCGCGACAGGUUCUGUAGGCGCACGCACGACAUGGGCAGGCAGCGACGCAGGUAUGGGAGACUUUGACAAAAUGUCGGAGAGUCAAGAUAUGGACAUGGAUGCCUCAUCCGUCGGAGGCAUGAGUGAUGCAGACAGAGACACGGGCUCACUCGUGGCUUUUGGCGAGGGAGCUCGAACUCCCGCGAGACAGAGCACAGCCGGGUCGGCGUUUCCACCACCGACUAGUCUGCCCAGCAGCAGAGGUGGACCGGCCUCGACCCCGACGGGCAUUCCGAGUAGGUUCAUUGAUGGGAUGACCUACGAUGAGGGCGUGGUAGACACGACUUCGAACAGAGAUGGUCGUAGUGGUGGACAACAAGAGGCGGAGCGUAUCAUGAGGGAGAAUAUGGAUACGACUUCGGACGAUCGCAUGGGAACUUCCGGGUCGAAUAUGGGCAAGCAGCAGGGACCAGGGGACCUGGGCAAGUUCGGGUUCGAAAAGUAA